AUGGCUGCUGACUGGCAACCCGAGUGCCUCGUGCCUCAGAACCAGCCUUCCCUCGACCCUGUGGGAGCUCAUUCAGACCGUGCUUUGCAGAAUACUUCAGGAAACGUUCAAUCGUAUUCUGAUGCUCUAGCACAUGGUGAUGUUGUUGCCCGAGAUGACCAUCUUCAGCAAUUAGCAUACAAGUAUCCCCAUUCUGCUGCCCCUCACCCCAUCUCCGCCCCCGGUCUUCACCAGCAGCACCAGCAUCAACAAGCAGUAGCUGCUCGGCUUCAUGCCCGCAAGCUUCGACGACUUCAUUCAGUGGGACCCAACGCGGCUCCUCGUCGGGGUCGAAGCUAUCUCAAGUCUCAGAAGUACUUGGAGUAUCGGGCACGUCCUCGACGUGAUACUGGUAAAGAUGGGGAGCCAGUGUGGUCUGAUGAGUUAGAAGAUGCUUUCCAGCAGGCCCUUGAAGCGAAUCCACCUAUGGGCCGACGCAAGUGGUCUGAACGAGGAAAAUCAUAUGGCCGGAACGAGCUAAUUGCUGAAUACAUCUUCAAAUUGACCGGCAAGCGACGAUCUCGAAAGCAAGUUUCAAGUCACCUUCAGGUGCUUGACUCGUUUCUGAAGGGAGACCCAGAUUGGGAACGACUCGUCCGCGAACAAUCUACCGAUCGCUCAAGUGGACACUCCCAGACUUCUGGACCUAAGUGGAGAGCCUCGAUGGACCAUGCAGCAUCCAAUCACUAUGGUGCCCCUACACACCCAAGCUACAAUGACCCAAUGCGAUCCAUGCAACCUUAUGCAGGUGACCUGCCGCCACCCCACUAUACAUUGGGCUCGAACAUGCAGGAGGCGGGCACCAAGAGCAUCCAUGGCUUUAGCUUCGAUAUGUGGGUCAGUGCACCUCAACAGGCCAACCGCCCUGACAAGGCCCUGCAUGCAUACACUCGUCUGCAAGGAGACCUUCACCACCCUGGUGCUCCUCCAACACCUCUGGAGAAUGUGAACGGUUGGCGGACGUCUUUCCCUCAUCUAGCUACAAUGAUUGAUGAGAUGGAUGGUCCACUCGACUGCGACAUUAUCAUGUUGGAAGUCAAUCUCCAACUGAUGCCCGACUUUCCUCCUUCUGGCUCUCGUCUGGGUAUCCAAUUGGAUGUUGACUUUGCUCACCCUACUGCUGGAGAUGUUCUUAUGGUCAAUCAGAUGGAAAACUGGACUUGUAGCACCCGGUUGUACGAAAGGGGACGUGAGAGUUGGGAGACAUACCACGAUCUACCCAAGCCUCAAUCUACCAAGGUCAAGCCUCUAUUUGAAUCACAAUGGUGGGCAAAGAUCUUCACUGAGUUGACUCAGGACAAGCGCAUUGCGGAAGACUCCGGUCAGCCUGAGUCUAUUCAUGCUACGGAUGAGCGUAACCGACGCUACUUACGGUCCUUGUCUGCAGUACAGGAGCUUCGUGCGAUCCCUCCAAGCUCCCGGCGUCUUUCAAAUCAGUUCCAGGGCCAACAAGACCAGAGUGAACGCAUGGCUAUCCUAGUCUGGAAAUUCCGCCAGACUCGCCCUGGCGAGGUUGGUACAACCACCUGGCGUCAUCUGAUUCCACCACCAGACCGCACCCAGACUAAUAGCCCCCGACCUGCUGCUGGUGUUGACCUUCCUCCUCUUUCCCUGGACUCCAUUCUCCUCAACAAGCCCUCUCAGAGCGUUUAUCAGGCGCCCCAGCCACAUGAUCUCAUUCACCAAGGCCAACCCCAGUCCCAAUGGCCUAUGUACCCAUCUUCCCACGACAAUGUGGCUAGUCUAUUUAAUUCCUCGGGUCAUCUUGAUUUCAUGGGCUCUAUUACAAAACCCGAAGACGACAAGACUGCCGUCACCUCGGUGCUGGACUCAUUCUCGACCAGCCUUGCGCCUGAGACAUCCCAGCCCACCAGCCUCAGCAUGUCCAGUGGUGGACCGGUUAUGAUGAACAUUCACGAUCUCCCUCUUUCCCAUCCAUCUCUUGGCUACAAUAUUGGCCAUGACACUAGCCAUUACGUGCCAUCUCAACAACACGGUGUCAACCUCCACGAUAACAAUAGUGUGCUCAAUGGUUUUUUCGGUCCGGGAGCUCAAUCCCUUGACGAUCUUGGUCAUGGCCAAGCCUCUUGGGGAGCACAUGGGCAUGUCAAUGCCGGGUAUCACCACAUGCCUUUCUCGGAACACCAAGUUCCUGUCUCACGCGAGUCUCAACAAUCUCAUCACUUUGACGGACUAUUGCCACCUGAUGACUUGAUGGACAAGAUUGUCGGACGCAUUUCCAAUGGUUCUAGUAUGCAUGGGGCGGGCCCUGAGCAUUCAAAUACUGGGUACGCGGAUGAUGGCACAGUGGACGCCGUUUAA